UUUGAAAGAUUCUCUUAAGAUGUCGUGACAUCAGCGUGACAGAUGUGUGUUAUGAUUAUUCUGAUGCAAAAAAAAAUACGUGUAGUUUGACAGGUUUCAUUUAUAUCGAAGUCGAUUAUACUAUUAUAUUAAGAAUAUUAAGAAAAAGUUAUGAAUUCAGUAAACCUUCGGAUAACUGUUAGGGAAACCGAAAGGCGAUCAGAUUUGUAUGAAGAGUGGAAAAGACGGGCUUUUCUAGGCCCACUCCCACAAGGAUUUCUUAGAUUGGAAGAGCGCAAUGCUCAACAACAACAAGAAGCUGCAGAUCAGCAGGCUGCACUUGCUCUUCACCAGCUGCAAAUGCAGAACAUGCCAACAAUGCAUGAACCUCAUGUCGGUAGACUUAGUAUUACAAUUGUUCAGGCUAAGCUUGUAAAAAACUAUGGGAUGACAAGAAUGGAUCCUUAUGUGAGAUUAAGAGUAGGCCAUGCUGUAUAUGAAACACACACAUGUUCAAACGGAGCAAAAAAUCCACACUGGAACAAAGUUAUUCAAUGUUACUUGCCACCAGGAGUCUCACAAAUAUAUGUAGAAGUUUAUGAUGAAUGUUCGUUUGUAAUGGAUGAAUUAAUUGCAUGGGGUCACAUAGAUAUUCCAUCAAAGGUCCUCCAGAAAGGGGAAAUGCACGAAGAUUGGUACAUGCUUAGUGGAAAGCAAGGAGACAAUCAAGAAGGAAUGAUAAAUUUAGUUUUUAGUUAUACGACUAAAGGUCAUCCAUACAUGAGUGCACCUCCAAUUAUGAUGGUUCCUUCUUCAACAAUGCUUGGCAUGACACAGUAUGCGCCAGUAAAUGUCUACACAGCACCUCCUACAGCUGCAGUACCACCUAUUAUUCCCAGUUCUAUGCCAGAUGCUGAAGUUGUAUUAAAGCAGAUUUCAGAGAUGUUCCCAAAUGUGGAUAAAGAGGUAAUUAAAUCAGUUUAUGAUGCAAAUAAUGGAAAGAAAGAUGUAACUAUAAAUUCAUUACUCCAAAUGUGUGAAUAAGUAACUUUUUAUGCAACUCGUCAUUUAACUCCAAAGGCCAUAUUUGUAUUUUCUUGCUAUAUUGUAUUUCUUUUAAAAUGUAAUAUAUUUGCAAAUUAUUACCAUGCAUUUUAUGGUA